AAGCCCAGGGGGUGUACAAGAGUCCAGGCCUGAGCCAGGAGCCAGAGAGAGCUUCGGAGAGCAGCCAGCUGCAGCGAGUGUUCUGCGGCUGUAGGCACCUGUCAUCCUGCCCUCGAUGGCUCCCUCCGCCCCCCUGGCCCUCCUCCUCCUCUUGCUGAGCCUGGCAGAGACUCCGGCAUCCGCGCCUGCCCACCAGGGACGAGGAGGCUGGACCCUCAACAGUGCUGGCUACCUUCUGGGUCCUGUCCUCCACCUCCCCCAGAUGGGUGACCAAGACCAGGAGAGGGAGGCUGCCUUGGAGAUCCUGGACCUGUGGAAGGCCAUCGAUGGGCUCCCCUAUUCCCGCCCUCAGCAGGCCUCCAAGAGGAGUCUGAUGGAGACGUUUGCCAAGCCAGAGAUUGGAGGUAAAGCCAGGAAACACGGAGGAGAGACAUAG